AGUGGGAACAAAGCAUUGAGGAUUGGGUGAGGGUGGAUGUCGCCGCAACGAGCCUCGGGACUACAGAAAGAAGUUCUCAGCCUUUACCGACGAGUAUUGCGCGCUGCCAGAGUCAAAGACGCGGGCAAAAUAGAUGGAGGAACGUACACAUUGGCUCGUACGCGUUUCCGAGAAGAUGCUACGUCAGUAAGUCGAAUGGAUUUUCAGAAAAUUGAAUUUUUAAUCCGUCAAGGACAUAAGCAACUCAAAUACUUGAACAUGCCGAGUGUUUUAAGAGGCGCCUCCGUCACCCCUUCCGCCGCAUCGCGGCAUUAAGGAAAGAGGAGACACGACAUAAAACCUUCUGUAAAGCAUGUAAAUAAAGCGUCCUCACACUAACCGAAGUAAAUUAUGGGCAGCAUCAA